AUGUUGUCAUCAUCCAUACGUUGUCCACUUAGUCGUACAUUGAAUCGAUCGGAAAUCGAAGAUGUUCUUCAGAAGAAUUCACUCAAAAUAUCAUCAACGUAUGGAAUUCUAAUUGGUUCUCGUGCUGCUCGAUAUUGGUUACCGAAUUUUCGACGAACGUCCAAUGAUAACGAUACAGAUUGGGAUAUAAUUUGUUCAUCACAAUUUCUAUUAAACUGGUUACAGAAAAAUGAUGCCAAAGUCAAUCAUAUUGAGAUGAUCAUACCAAUAUCGAAUGCAAAUGAUCUCUUGGAUCUUUACAUAUAUUGUACUUUAGUCGAUACUUCGAACUAUGAUUUCGUUAUUCCUCGAUCAUCUACAUCUUACACGACUUAUCUAUUAGAUAAUUUGGAAACUUGGACUGUAGAAACAUACGUAAAUAAAUUUUUGGGAAAGGAAAAGAAGUCUAUACAAAAUGGUUCAGCUAAACUAUUGUUGAUAUUGAAAAAGUUCAUGUUAUAUUAUAAACAUCAAUGGAUCAAAACAGCAAAAGACUAUCGACAAUUGCUUACUAUUGCUGAUCAAUUAACUGAUAAUGACACCAUAUUGUGCGAUUUAUUUAUUCAAUAUAAUGAAAAAAUACAUGGAACUAGACUUUCUGAUACAGAUCAAUUUGUUGUCCAUUUGUCCGAUACUCAGAAAGAUACAAUAAGUAUCAGACGAGAUGAAUUUUUGCACGAGAACAAAGACAAACAAUUAUCAGUAGCUUAUCAAAUUGCAUGGUCCAUGGCUAUAAAUGAUGAUAUUCUUGUUGGAUUGGAAUAUAUUUGUACGCAAGCUCCACUGUGGAAUGGAGAAAAAAGAAUUCAAGUAUUUGUUUAA